AAGUUGAAGUCUCUGCAUCAUUCUAGGCAUUAUUGCUUAGAAGCAUAUUCCAGAGAAAGUGACCGGCAUUGAAGCGCAUCAAGUUUUACUUGUAGUCUUUUACCCAAGUGGGUAAAUCGUAGAAAAGAACCCCAAAAACAAAUGAGAGAGUUAUUGUAGAUAGGGCAUAAGCGUAUGCUCUCCAAGGUUGAUGACUUCCUCGCAUUGCAUUGAAGUCAGCAAUGAAAGUAGAAGCGGUACUCAAACAACCCAAGAAUCCCAACUGAAUACCAUCUACAACUGUAUCCCAAGUCCUGGUAUUGUUUGCAUUGGAGGUGUCACACGGAGAGGGAGGGGAAGGGAUGGGGAUGGAUGGCAAGGGAGGGGGAGUGAGGGGGAGCUGUCUCCUUCCUCUUGUUUGGGUUUCCAAAGAGGCAGAGGGGGAGGGAGAUGGACUGAUUCGGACUCCCUUCAACCACCUUCAAAACUGCAGAUUUGCAAUCCGCCCGAUUUGGAGGAUUUGAGAGGGAUUUGAGUGACUAUUUAAAUUAGAUUCCUUGCCUGCUUGUGGCUCCUGCUGCGGUGGCUAAGUGUCUUUCACAUCCAUUCCUGUGCAUCUGCAGUCAUACAUCCUAAAUCCUAAGUUUGUAUGAUGAAAUGAAUUUUCCAAUUUUUUUAAUGUCAAUAGAUGCCUGUAAAAGAGAAUAAAAACUCAAUGAAUCCAGAAACCUUUC